AUGCUGUCCCCCGGCUACUCGGAGCCGCCUCCGGAGGCCCUGCACCAGGCCAAGGAGCCCGGCGGCGGCGAGCAAGGGUUGCUGGCCAAAGGCGACCUGAGCCCGGCUCCUCCGCACAAGACGGCCUCCUCCUCCUCUUCCUCGUCCUCCUCGGCCUCGGCGACGGUGCCGGCCUCGGCCUCAGAGAAAGGCGACCCUUCGCAGAAGCCGCCCUACUCCUACGUGGCCCUGAUCGCCAUGGCCAUCCGCGAGAGCGCCGAGAAGCGCCUGACGCUGUCGGGCAUCUACCAAUACAUCAUCGGCAAGUUCCCUUUCUACGAGAAGAACAAGAAGGGCUGGCAGAACAGCAUCCGGCACAACCUGAGCCUCAACGAGUGCUUCAUCAAGGUGCCUCGCGAGGGCGGCGGGGAGCGCAAGGGCAACUACUGGACGCUGGACCCGGCCUGCGAGGACAUGUUCGAGAAGGGCAACUACCGGCGCCGGCGCCGCAUGAAGCGCCCCUUCCGCCCGCCCGCCGGCCACUUCCAGCCCGGGAAGAGCCUCUUCGGACCCGAGGCCGCCGGGUACGGCUACCUGGCCGCGCCGCCCGCCAAGUACCUCCAGGCGCCUUUCCUCAACGCCGCCUCCUGGUCGCAGCCCCCGCCGCCGCCCCCGCCGCCCCCGCAACCUCAGGCGGCGGUGGCCACGGGCUCCUACGCGGCCUGCCAGAUGGAGGCCGGCGGCAACGGGGGAAGCAGCCUCAGCCCCGUCAAGGGCGUGGGACUCUCCCCGCACGGCGGCAACGCCUACGGGGCCUACGCGCGGCUCCCGGCCAUGGUGAACUCCUACAACGGCAUGGGCGCCCACCACCACCACCCGCACGCCCACCACCCGCACCACCACCACCACCCGCACGCCCACCAUCACCACCACCACCACCACCACGCCGCCGCCGCACAGCAGCUCGGCGCCGCCGCCGUGGCCGCAGCAGCCGCCGCCGCAGCCGCCGCAGCCUCCUCCGCCUCCUCGCCUUCCUCCUCCUCGGCGUCCUCCUCGGCGGCMGUGGUCGGCAGCCCCGCCUCGCCCCAAGCGGCGCCCAACGGGGCCUCCGCCGCCGCCGCCGCCGCUGCCGCCCUCCAGUUCGCCUGCGCCCGGCAGCCGCCCGAGCUGGCCAUGAUGCACUGCUCCUACUGGGAGCACGAGGGGAGCAAGCACGGCGCCCUCCACGCACGCAUCGACCUCUGAGGACCCGCCGGGACCCCUGACAGAUAGAUAGACACACACGCCCUCCCCCCGGACCCCGCACCACCAAGGGAGAGAGAGAGGAGAGAAGCCAAAAUCUGUCUCUCUUCAAUGUAUAUAUUGGGUUGCCUUGAUUGUGUUCCC